AUGCUCCCUCCAGAGAUAUGGCUGAAGAUAUUCCACUUCGCCACGGACACUCCAAGAUUACUGGACUGCAGUCCGUCGCAAUCAGAUUUGCCGACUGUGCUCGCCAGAGAACAAGAGUUGCAACUCCUGAGGGAGUCACUCGUCACUAAACUCCGUUUAGUGCUUGUGUGCAAAACCUGGGGCGAGCUUGCCACUGAGUUCUUGUACCAAAGCGUCCUCGUCACACGAGUCCAAUCGCUUUUGACGCUCCACGAAGCGCUGCAGGGACGAGCGCGGGCUGUGGGAAUGUUUCACACUAACCCUGGCUGGUGGACGAGGAGGCUCGACGUGGUUAUCCCACCCGACCAGUGUGAGACUGCCGACUAUGGGGUUCUCGUAGACGUGUUCCGGUAUUUCUCGAACCUCUCUAUCGUGACGUUGUCGAUGCCAAUACUGCCCUUCAAUGACUUCUGGCUUCGUCAACUCCCCAUGGAGAUCAUUGUGUCGCUCGUAGAGACGUGCGGACCCUCGCUGCGCGUUUUCGAUUGCGCAGAAUCUCUUCUGCGUCCCUGCAGAGAGGAUCUCAUGCUACUACUAGCUGGUUCCCCCAACUUACGUGUUCUUCGGUGUCCGGUAUGCUCCCCUACGCCUGGAGAUAGGUCUCCUGGAAGCCGCUUAGAUGUGCCAGUCAUGGCAAACCUCGAAUCCAUCUCAUUAAUGUCCGUUUUCCUACGGGAUUACCUUCCUCGCGAGAAGAACAAGAACCAUCUCCCUGCACUUCGACAGCUUAUCUACGGCUGUAUUUCCCCCCCGUUCUUCGCGCAUGCAUGGAAAAGCUUUGUCAAGUCGAGCUGUUCAGCCGUCACCUGUGUCACGCUCGACUUCAGUUUCCAGGGGGACUCCCUGCAAAGAGAGUUGGAUUUGCUGUCCGAGUGUUGUCCAGCCCUCGACAAACUCGUCAUUUACUUCCGUUCAUGGACGGAAUUUAUACCACAUCUUGUUCUCCCGCCUGUCUCCCACCUUCGCAUAUACUCAAAGUUGGCAAAGGCCCCUGCCUUUCAUUAUUAUUCGCUCAUAUAUGCACUUACUACUUUGACGGCUUCCAAGCUUGGAAGUGUCCGUUUGCUACAUGCAAACGCUGUCGAGGAAUUCCGGCACUCGCUGAGCUCACUUUCACAGGACGAGCUCGACGGUCUGGCAUCGAAGGCAUUCCGAGUAGAGGACCACGAGGGAAGGGCAAUAUUGCUUGGAGGGGAAUGUGUAGGUUGAAUCUGGACGUAGCGCGUCUCGAUAUCGCAGACAGAUGACAAGGGGUAUCCUGCCACCCUUGUUAUCCGGGGUGAUUAGUACAAAUGAAUCCACUACUCCCGGGAUCGGCUUCAGACCCGUAUUAGACUGCUAUUGUAUACUUUACACCGUUCUCCGAUCCGACAUCACUCGUACGAUACAACCUGUUCCCGCUACUUCUGUGAGCUACACGGCGAAUUCAUCAGUAUACGAAUGAUAUCACAGGCCCAAACGACCGCGUUCGAAGCCAAAGCGAAACACGCACCUUUUCGUGCCAUGCUAAUAGCACGCUUCCGCUGACGUCUCCCCAUCCGGGCAUACCCAUACCCUUGUAGAUGUACUUCAUGAGCGUAUCUUGGGCGUCUUCGGAGAGCGAUUUGAGGACGUUUGGGAUCUCCGUUGCUUUGGUGCUGUUGAG